AAACAAUUCGACAGGCUUCAAUGCACACAUUAAACCGCAAAGCACCGUUUAGCAUAGAACCACAGAAGUACAAGGAUGACCUGGAAAUGGACGAUGCCCACGCAUGUAGGUGGGAUCAUCAGUCAUCAAAGAAUACUUUCCGUCGUAUGACUGCUGUGACGCCUCAACAGUACCAGUGCUUAUAGUUUAUGCAGCAGCUCCUCCACAAUUCGACAGUUGUUCUCACCUUGCCAAGCGACUUUCAACUACCGAUACCGGGUACCGCACGCAAAGAUUAAAACGGUUCUUGCAAUAAAUCCUUCAUCCCUUACGCGCCUUGCCAAAUCGCGAUAGCAUAAGGGUGUGCUGGUCAGACUAGGGUUCUCGCCAACGCACCAUGCUGAGUUCCUGUUCGUGGACCCCUCCCAAUGCGCUCAACGAAAACAAUAUUUUUAGCGAAAAUGAUCUAACGGAUUCUGAUCAUUCAAGUGGAGAUCUUUUUUCCAUCACCGGUUUUAAUUCAUGGCCUCGGGACCUUUGCACCUUGGUGACGGAGCUAACGCUGGCCUUCAAGGCUGAGCUGGCGGCCGGCAACGUGCUCAACAACCGGCAGGACCCCCAAUCUUUUAACCGCCUGAACGCACGUGUGCAUUCCCUUCUCCAGGCCUACAGCCAGGGCAACUGCGGCGACUGGCGGCGCUACGCUGCUUGGAGCGAGCACGGCUACCUGCGGCACCUGCUGUGGACCGCGGAGGAGUUUGAACUCAUGGUGCUGUGCUGGAAGGGCGACCAAACCAGCCGCGUUCACAACCAUGCGGACAGCCACUGCUGGCUGGCGGUGCUAGACGGCGAAGUGUGCGAGACGCAGUACCAGCCACUCGCGCCGGAUGCUCAGCUGCGCGCCGUACCGCACGGCAGCUUCCUCACCAGAAACUCUGAGGGCGGGGCCGUCGUACGGCUGGUGCCCACCUCCAGCACCCUCAUGCAGGCGGGUGACGUGGGUUACAUCAACGACCGGAUCGCGCUGCACUCCGUAGGGGGCUGCAAGUACGGCAAGGGUGCACGUGGCAGCGGCGGCAACGGCAGGGCUGCCGCUGAGAGCGGCGGGGACGUUGAUGAGCCCGCGCUGUCAUGCACGCUGCACCUGUACUGCCCGCCCAUCCGGCGCGUGAGGACAUUCGAGGCCGGCAAGGUGUGUGAGUACACGCCCGGCUUCUCCUCCCGCAACUGUCUGGCGGAGCCGGAGGAGUGGUACAUGUACGAGAUCUAGGAUCGGAGCGGGGGUGGAAGUAGAGGGUAAGGGAGGGAUUGAGGCCGAGAAUAAGAAUCGGUGGGAUUGAUGUCCAGGCAUAUGGGUAGGGCUAUGCUAGGCUCGGUGUCAUGCUGAUUAGGUGUAGGUUCAGUCGAGAAGAUGUUGCUUUGUGUUUCUUACGCAUUUCAAGCCGUUACAAUACGCACCCGUGCAUGCGGGAUUGCAUAAAGGGUAAGAAUUAAUUGAUAACAGGACUGAUGCUGUUAAGGCCGUUUCCUGUUGCACGACUUGCCGGCACUGUCCAGUCCUCCUGGACUUGCCAAGCAUUUGUAUUUUUCCAAUCUUUAGUUUCUUUAAACCAUGUACCGUUAGGCUCGAGGCAAAAUUCCCGUUUGUUUCCUUUAUUUUGUUGUCGUUGGAAUAAGUGGCACGGUUGGUGGCUUGUAAAGGGCUCGGAGUUGCAUAUCAUGUACAGUUGUUGCCGUGGGCUGUGCGGGGAGCCCUUGUAUACUCCCAUGCGUGUGUGUUUUCGCACCCUUUCGUCACCCUUGCGCGGAAGACUGUACAAAUGACAUUGUUCACAGGCGAUGCCGGGCGCUCUCCCGGUUAAUUGCUCAGUUGGUCAGGAUACCGUGUGUUUGGGGCCCCUGAUGGGGCUUUGUUGGUUGGCAUGCUGGCUUUCUGUGUGAGGGGCGCACAUCUUAAUGAGGCGCGUCAUGUACCUGAAGGGCCAGACCAGAGGCGCAGGCCGCAUACCAGAAGUUGGUUCGACAUGUUGGCUAGGGCUGUUGCCGUGAGUGGCGUUGUGCGCUUGCCGUGUAGGACGUAGCCAAAACGCUGAGACAUGUAAGAUACGGGCACAUACGCCUCGCGGCCAGUUAUGUUAACAUACGGGACGUUAAGAC